CCCAGCGGCGCUCCCGGGCUGUCCCGUGACAGGCGCGCAUCGCACAGGUUCGGCGCGCGCAGGGGGUGUGGUGUCACGCGCUGUUUUUAAACAGCCGCACAGCAGCCAGCCUGGAGUCCAACACCCCCCCCCCCUCCCCCUCCCAAACACACACACGCUCACAGAGCAGGCUGAAGAGUUUAUCACAGCGCGAGCUUCACGAUGGACGCAGGAUUCCGCAAAGUGAACGGGGAGACCGGCCUUCAGAAUUCCAUGUAUCUGGAGGAGCAGACCAGUAAGUCUGGGGUCUUAUCCUGCAUUUUCUCCCUGAAGGAGGAAGUUGGGGCGCUGGCCAAGGCUCUCCGGCUCUUUGAGGAAAAAGGAAUCAACCUGAAACACAUUGAGUCGCGGCCGUCCCGCUUGAACACCAAAGAGUUUGAGUUCUUCAUAAGCGUGGACUCAGCCUGUGCCCAGUCUCUGGAUGAUGUCAUCAAUGCCCUGCGCACACAGAUCAGCGGGAAUGUUCAUGAGCUGUCACGCGACAAGCAGAAGGACACAGUCCCCUGGUUCCCCAGCAACAUCCAGGACCUCGACCGCUUCGCCAACCAGAUCCUGAGCUAUGGCUCUGAGCUCGACGCCGACCAUCCGGGUUUCACAGACCCGGUGUACAGAGCCAGGAGGAAAGAGUUUGCCGACAUCGCCUACAACUACAGACACGGCCAGCCCAUCCCGAGGGUGGAGUACACUGAGGAGGAGAAGGCCACUUGGGGCACGGUGUUCAAGGAGCUGAAGACUCUGUACCCGACACACGCCUGCCGGGAGCACAACCGCGUGUUCCCGCUGCUCGAGAAGUACUGCGGCUACAAGCAGGACAACAUCCCGCAGCUGGAGGACGUAUCGAACUUCUUGCAAUCCUGCACAGGGUUCCGGCUUCGCCCCGUGGCCGGCCUGCUCUCCUCUCGCGACUUCCUGGCCGGGCUGGCAUUCCGUGUCUUCCACUCUACGCAGUACAUCCGUCACGGAUCCAAGCCCAUGUACACACCGGAGCCAGACAUCUGCCACGAACUCUUGGGACACGUUCCUCUGUUCGCCGAUCCGAGCUUCGCUCAGUUCUCACAGGAGAUUGGCCUGGCUUCCCUCGGAGCUCCAGAUGAGUACAUUGAAAAGCUGGCAACUGUCUACUGGUUCACGGUGGAAUUCGGACUUUGCAAGCAGGGCACCGAGAUCAAGGCCUAUGGAGCUGGGCUGUUGUCUUCCUUUGGGGAGCUGCAGUACUGUUUGACAGACAAGCCGAAAAAGUUCCCCUUCGAACCUGAGAAGACCUGUAUUCAGAAGUAUCCCAUCACCGAAUUUCAACCGGUGUACUUUGUCGCAGAGAGCUUCGAGGAUGCCAAAGAGAAAGUGAGGAAGUACGCGGCAACCAUUCCAAGGCCGUUCUCGGUGCGUUACAACGCGUACACACAGAGCAUCGAGAUCCUGGACAACACGCAGCAGCUCACACGUCUGGCCGACAGCAUCAGUGGUGAAAUAGGCAUUUUGUGCAACGCGCUGCGCAAACUGCAGUGAGAGAGACCACAGGGGUGGAUGGAUGUGAGAACCUCAGCGAUGCUGAAGACACGGUUCACUACUGAAUUUGACUCGAAAAGGUGGAAAAAAAAGAUGGAAAAGCAUCCAUGUGUUAGCUGGAGCUCUUUGGAUUUUAUAAUGGAUGAAGCAAAUAUAACCUAAAUUAGAGCAGAUGUCAUUUUCUUUAUUACCCAACAUUUUAAAACACUAGUGAAAACAUAAAUAAAAUAUAUACACGAAAUGGUAUUAAAAUGCUCAUUCGUUGUUUAAUUUACAGUAGAAAAGUUGAGUAGUUCCACGUCGUUAUGUAUUAUUAUUGUGAACAAAUUAUCAGUCGACAAAAGGGUUAUUUCCACCCCCCCCCCCCCCGUAUGUAAGAAUAAAACACGCGGGGCUAAUUACUAAUAUUCAUUUACUGACACGUUCUUUAAAAAUAUCACUGAUUUUUCUACUGUUUUGUUUUGCUGGUUUCUCUUAUUUAAUUAUGGGUGAGUUUUCGCAAAUAUUUGCGGUUUUCUUUCACGCGCCGGUGACGCAUUACAUUUUUUUUUUUUUUUAUUUAAUUCGAGGACGGGCGCGCACGUGCACAGGUGAGACUCUUUAAAUCGCAGAUCCCGAACACACGAGCAUCUGAAUUGAAUUGAAUUCACCGCGGUAUGUUAUAUGCAGAGCAAUAUGCUUUUAUCCUCGGUCUGUGGUUUAAAAUCUGAAACAUCUGCUGCGCAUAAAAUAUGGAUGAGCCUUAUUAUUUUAAGUUUGCAUCUGAUUUUUUUUUUUUUUUUUUAAAUUCUGAGGUACGAUACACAAGUCAAAUCUGGGUAGGUCCGAUCAAAAUUGUCUGAAAAAAACCCCCUCCGGUACAUUCUCAAUUCAAAUAUUACACCUUUUGUUGAAAUAUACAGCUUGAUAUUUCCAUUCAGAAAACAUAUAAUAUAGAAUGAAGUAUUUUUAUUUUUAGAUCACAUUAUAUGACGUAAGGUACCAGAGUAAAGUAUAUACUGUUCUUAGUUAUGAGAUUUUUUUCUUUAUUUACUGUAUACAUUUCUAUAUAACUCAUGCAUGAAAUGUAAUAACAAUAAAAUUUCCUCGAAUAAUAA